UGGUUCUCGGAGUGAUCAGGCGGCGGCGCCGUGGCUCACUCGCGGGGCAUUUCCCCGACCGGCGGUGCCUCUUGUCUCCGCCGCCGCAUCUUCAACUACUCGGAGCCAUGAACGCGCCGCCGGCGUUCGAGAGUUUUCUGCUGUUUGAGGGAGAAAAAAAAAUAACAAUAACAAAAGACACGAAAGUACCAAAUGCAUGCCUAUUCACCAUUAACAAGGAGGACCAUACCCUGGGUAAUACCAUCCGAUCACAGUUAUUGAAAGAUCCUCAGGUGUUAUUUGCGGGUUACAAAGUACCACAUCCUUUAGAACAUAAAAUUGUUAUCCGUGUGCAAACUACUCCAGACUACAGUCCACAAGAGGCAUUUACAAAUGCCAUCACUGAUCUGAUCAGUGAGUUAUCCCUCCUGGAGGAGCGGUUCCGGGUUGCCAUUAAAGACAAACAAGAAGGAAUUGAGUAAGACUUUGACGUCAGAAUGUGACCUAACUGCAUUUCACUUUUUAAGAUAAUAUUGUGUGACCAACUUGACAAAAUAAAAUGUAAAGUUUUUUUUAUAAAAUACCUGGAAGCUGUUUUGAAUGUGAUUACUGGGGUCUUUUACUCACUCGGGUAUUGCAAAAUAUAUGCAAUGCAGAGUACGCCAGGAGUGUGGUGUUUUAAUUGUAAAGUGUCCGUUUUAUCCAUAAUCAAAUACUUUGUAUAAUCAGUAUUGGACAUCUUUCUCCAUAGGAUUUUUCAGAUUUUAUAGCAGAACCUGGCUGAUGUAGAAUGUACUUAUACUCAACUGCACUAGCUUAUUUACAUCCAAGGGCAGACUUCAGUAAAUUUAACACUCAAUCGUUUUGCUCAUUGGGAUAAUCAUUUAUACCUGAGCUAAGAGAAUUUAACUAAAUUUGUCAACUGUAAUAUCAGUAUCUAUUGAUUAGUUAUAUCUGUAUCUGCUCUCAAUGAUUUGAAGAGAACAAUUUAAAGAAAAUACUAUGCUUUAACUCGGGAGCAACUGUGCAAGAAAGCAUUUAGUCCUAAUAAUUUUAGGAUUGGCAUGCAAAAUGAAUUUUAAAUCCUAAUAAGGCAGGCUGCUUUAUCUCCAGGGAAAAGGAUUCCAUUCCAACUCAAGGUGGUCUCUGUUUUAAGAAAGCAAGUUGAAUAGAAAGAAUCAAUGGGGCAUUUAUGGACAUGGAUAAUAAAGGAAGGGGGAAUAGAACUGAUGGGAAUUCCUUACAGAACUGGCGUAGGCUCUAUGGCAUGAAUGGACUCAAUAGGAAAAAUUUAAUGUACUUUAAAAACUAAGCAAUAUGUAAUAUCAAGGAUUGUUCUCUCACAUGGGCAUACUUUGAUGUAUUGUACAUUAGUAGAAAACCAAAUUAUUUCAAACUAGUCAAAUAUUUUUAACCAAAUUAAAUUUUAUACUGAAUAGUAGUUUAACAAUGCAAAUUCUCUGAUGGAUUACAACUUCUUCAAAUUAGCAACUAAACUAACAGCAGCUCCUUUUUGCAACUGAUAAUGCAAAUACUAAAUUAUUCAAUAGCAAACUACAAACUGCUGGCAUUAGUGGAGCCAAAGGGAUUAUGCUUUGAGUUGAAACCCAGCAUUAAAACUGAGUGUAAGGGAUAAUAUCCACUAUAAGGAGGUACUGGAGAAGGAUGAGGCACAAUUUUUACUUGAUUCCAGCUUGUGGUCUCAUAUCCAAAUGUUUAAUGUGUAUUUUGUACCUUGAGAAAGGGAUGUGUCAUACAGCUGCCGUACUAAUUUACACUUUACAAAAUUGUAGGUUUUAGCACAAGUGUAUUUUUUCUCACUUCAAGUUGUAAUGAAACAAACUGAUUUUCUUCCCCCAAAUAGUGCAUUUUCCUCUGCAAAUAGAUACAAUAGAUGUCCUUUCAGUUUCUCCCAUUUUUGUUCCAUUCUAAUAUGAUUUUAAUGUUCUUUUUCCUACCUAUGACUAAGCAAAACUAAUGGAAGCUUGAAAAAGAGUAAUUCUUUUGACAAGGUACUUUAUUAUGAUCAUGCUGCUUCCUGCUUCGCAAGUGAGAUACUAGUAAGUCUACUGUUUGGGGCUUCAUAUUUAACCAUCCAUCCUUUCUUUUGCAUUUUAUGGACUCCUGUUUUCCACCAGUCAUCUUUUCUCACACCUAAUAUUGUCUUUGAAUCAUACAACCCUUCAAUUUUCCUCGACUGAUUUAAGUAAUUGGAAAAAUUAUUUCCUUUCCCUGACUGAGUAUAACAGAAACUCUAGACAUCGGUAAAAUCUUAAUGGCUCUUCCUUACUACCAUAGGGUUACAUGGGACACAGAAUCCUGGAAAUUAAAAAAAAAUAUUCAAACUAUCCAUAAUUUGGAUUUAAGUUUUCAUUGUUUGUUGGUAUGAUAUACGACUUUUGGGUAAGGG